CUAGGAGUGAACUGUCAAGAUGGCCACUGGUGGAUCAGGAAGGGAUACUGGAUAUUAUGGAUUGUUAUUUUAUGAGGAGAAAGGUUUAAAUGAAUAUGUAGCAAUAUUUACUGUAACUAAAGAUGGAAGAACACUCGAUGAUUAUAUGAGAAGGAAGAACCCUGGAACUGAGUUUAAUCAAUUUAUCUACUUUACAUUUGACCAGCAGCAAGACUCUACACUUACAUCAAGAGGUGAUUAUAUUGAAUUAAAGUUUGAUACUCCACAAGUUAAGUCAACCACUGGAUGGAUUAUUAAACCUGACACAGUACCUUGUAGAAUAUAUAGAAGUGAUGUUGAUAAGGUUGGUACACCUGGUUAUCCUGACCCUCCCUCCUCCAGUAUAUCAGUACAUGCUACACCUGAUGCUGUUCUUAGACUAAAGUAUACUAUACCAGUGAAAGGUGUGGUGGAUACAGGUGGUGGUACAUUGUACAUUGGAAGGACAUUGAGAAGAGGUAAGAUAGAUGAGAGUGGGUGUGGUCUAGUGUUAAUAACCACACCCAUUACACUACUCCCAAUGCUGGUACUAAUAUAAUGAUAUUCAUACCUUCAGUAGUAUAAGUAUUGUAUUAAUAAAUAAUAAUUUAAUUGACCAUUGACAC